AUGCCAUUUACUAAGAAGCUAGGUGUUGGAAUCCUUGGCGCAGGAGAGGUGUUCCAAAUCUGCCAUGGGCCCUGCCUGCUCUUGAUGCCGCAUCUCUUUACCCUCCAGUCCAUUUUCGACAUCUCGCCCACGAACACCAAGCACUGCGCAGAGAAGUUUAACGUACCGCACCAGGCUACGUCUCCAGAGGAAGUGCUCAGAAAUCCCAACGUGGAUCUCAUUAUGAUCCUGACAUCUGACGACAGCCAUGCACCGCUCGCCGUGGCAGCUAUCAAAGCGGGCAAGUUCGUCAUGAUCGAGAAGCCCAUGACGCUGUCGAUCCCUUCAGCACAGUCCAUUAUUGAUGCUGAGGAGCAAGCUGGUGGCUCUCGCGUCUUCAUUGGCUACAUGCGCCGGUACGCGCCUUCGUUCCUUCAAGCCUUUAAGCGGGAAGUUGCUUCUAUUCCGAAGCUUCUAUACGGCAGGGUCCGCGAUUUUUCUGGGCCGAAUGCGAAUUUCACUAGCCAGAGCGGUACGUUCGCAAUCAAGCCGAACGACUUUCCUCCUGGCAGCAACGCCGAGAGAGAUGAGCGAUUCGAGGCCCUCUACGCAGAAGCGUUUUCCGGGCAGGCCAUCACUGAUGCCCACCGAAAAUACUGUCGCUUCCUAGGUGGUCUCGGGUCGCACGAUUUCUCUCUCAUGCGCGAAACCCUCGGCAUGCCUGAAAGGGUGAUCGGAGUCUCCGUCAACCAUCCAUUUUAUAGCUCUAUCAUGUCGUUUCGAAACAAGGACGGAUCUCCUUAUUCGGUCACGUAUGAGAGCGGUAUCGACGAAGUCCCCGUUUUCGAUGCGCAUUUGGCGCUGUAUGGGGAAACGAAACGUGUGACAAUCAAGUAUGACAGCCCUUACGUUAAAGGUCUGCCCAUCACUGUCGAGGUAGAUGAGGUCAACGAGCAUGGCGAGGUCCAGCACAGACAAGUCUUGUCGUCUUACGAAGACACAUACACCGCCGAGCUUCAGGAGAUUCACGACUGCUUUGUCAAGGGCAAAGCUAUCAAGACAACUCCCAAAGAUGCUCUGGAAGACAUUACACUGUACGACAUGAUGUACAAGGUGUGGGCUGCUGGGAAGAACGAAUAA